CAAAACGGUGCGUGGGCUCUCAUUCAUCACCUUAGCUUCUGUUUGUUUUCCUGGAAAAUCUUUUCUCGAAAACUUUCCGUCUCAAUCCUCGAAAGCUUUUAGAAGCGGGACUGAGUGUCCAAAUGGGUCCUCGACUGUGCCAAGUCUGCAACGAAGCACAAUCCAAGUACAAGUGCCCCUCAUGCCUUGCGCCUUAUUGUUCUGUAGCCUGUUUCAAGAAACACAAGGAAAACCCAUGUGCUUUGCCAGUUUCUUCGUUGGAAAAACCACCAACCACAGGUCCGGAAUCACGGGUAGAUAGGCCAUUAAUUAUUGAGGAACCGAGCGAAGUGCUGCAAAGGCUACAACUAGAGGCUGUGGCUUCUUCCAGUGAAAUUUGCAGUGCUUUGAAAGAUGAAAACCUUCAGAAGCUCAUUCUAAAUAUAGAUUGUUCACCAGAUGCAGAGAAAGAACUUGAGAAAGCUAUGGGUGUGGAUGUGUUUCGGAUAUUUACGGACAAGAUCCUAUCUACCCUUGGCUCAUAACUACAAGCACUUCAUGAAGGACAAAUUUACACAGGGAAGAAAUCUGAUUUUAAAGCUCUCCACCAUCGAGACAUCUUCAACUUCACGAAACGCAUUAAGAAUAUUGUGCUUCCAUCUUGGACGUGGUCAAGAAUUUUGUCAUCGGGUUCCAAGUUUGAACUACGGAAAUUUUAAUGUGCAAUAGCUGAUGUAAGUUGAAGAAAAUCUCGUCAAACAAUUUAUAGUUAGCAUAUAAAUGUCUCUCGAGUUUCCUGCGGGCAUCUUUUACUCUUUCAUGGUUAACCAGGAAAAUAAAGCAAAGAAAAUAGGAUUUCUUGUAAAAGAUAUUCUCGCAUCUUUGGUGGAGGAUGUGAUCAAUAUGCCUUUGCCGGAUAUUGAGCACAAAGGUUUCCGAGGUGGACUUUUGCCUUAGACUUAUAUAGGUUGUCCUCCAGUGUUAUUGGGGAUUUUGAUAAUAUCUUCUUCACCAAGAAAAAGACAACUCAAGAAAUGAAUUGAUGGGCAGACACCUUUAUUUUUAUCUUGGGCUGCUUUUGCAAAUCA